GGUGAAUCUUGGAAAGCUUGGGGAUUUAUAUAUCUAAGAGGUUUGCUAUAUUCAGGGACCAUAUCAAACUAUGAAACGAAUUUAUUGUAAUGUUAAUCAAUAAAGUAUUCCAGAGCCUGCGCGACCGUCGCUAGGUGCAGAUGGCCCUCGCGCUCCCAGGCGUCCAACACAGUCUCGUAAAAAUUUAACCUCCCUUUUAUAUCACAGCUCCGCGUGAGUAACACGAACUGAAAAAAAUAUUCCCCUGGGCCCUUAUAUUUUUCGGAACCAUGUUAUAAAAUAAAAUCCGGCGCCGGUGAGGAAAACGCGCGGGUAUCGUUAGUGCGUUGUGGUGGCGGCGACGUGCGAGGCGGAGUGCUGGAACGCGUGGUGUGAGGCGCUCGCGAUCAGCAGGACCGGCGGUGCGCCCUGACUCCGCUUCCUCGGUGCCCUGUGGCCGCUCGUGACUGCCGCCCUGCCCCGGAAAUGUGUUCUCGGUGUCUCUGAGUGAGUGCUCUCGCGUGUGAUCCCGAGGAAAAAUGUCUAAGGAUAGGAGCAAAGACGCAGAGGCGUAUGACCGGGAAUAUGAUGCGUUUCUCAAGCAGCUUGAGGAGUUUCAUCAGCAGAGGGGGACGCCCUUCAAGCGGCUGCCCCGCAUCAACGGCAAGGGAGUGGACCUGUACCUGCUCUACGUGGUGGUGACGGCGCGCGGCGGCUGGCAGAAGGUCGGUGUCUCGCCACUCGUAUUUUCCCGCCACGGGUUCAGGCCACUGGCACUGGCACCUCACGCACGACAAGCACACUCACCUCGCGCUAUCACUCCACUCAUUCACUCACACUACUCACUCACAGCCUGAGACGUGACCAGCGCUGCCCCUGGGGUGGCGUUCUUACCCCGGGUCCUCCUGUCAACGGGCUCUUCCUGUUGCCCUCCUUGUGCUCUCCUCUUGUCCGUCUAUCGUCCUUCUCCCUCCCGUCCCUUUACCAUCUAUUCGCUUCUGCCUUCAUCUCUGUUCCAUCUCUUUAUCAUCCUCUUGUCUCCUCCCCUUUUAGUUGCAUCCAUUCCAGCCUUCCACCAGUCGUAGGCAUUCUGUUCAUGGGGUGGGAGGCAGGAAGAAUUUCA